AUGGGCGAUGAUACUCGUGUGGCAUUUUUGAUCAAGCGACAUCCCCAGCGAAUUAAUGACACCGACAAAUACGGCUACACUGCUUUGCACUACGCAGCCCGUAAUAACCGCCUGAGGACAUGUCAAAUUUUGCUACAAUCCGGAGCGGGUCUUUUUGCCCGCACACGGUCCGACCGGGCCACAGCGACACACCGAGCAGCCUUUUGUGUUUGCCUCGGUGUACUUGAAGAACUGCUAAAACAUGGUGGUGAGAAGUUGGCCACGUUUACAGACAACGAGGGACUUUCUUGCCUACAUUCG